AUGGCUGCCAUCGACGAGGUCCUCGCGGCCGCCCACUUCCCCGAGUCCAACCCCUUUGGACUCGUGGUCAACGGUGAGAACAACAACAUGGUCCUCUCGCUCGCCAAUACUGGCGAGAACAACUACACCCUCGUUUCGGCCUCGGCGAGCUACCACGACCCGGCCAAGGACUGGAAGCUGGUCAAGAACACCACUGCCGUCAAGUUCAACAUCCCCCUCACUGCCGGCGGCAACCUCACCGCGCCCUUCCGUGUCAACUCGGAGUUCCGCCCCCAGGAGCUCGGCCUGACCGUCUGGGUUGACGUCAAGAACGGCAACGAGAUCUCGCGCGUCACCGCCUUCAACCAGACCGUGUCGAUCGUCGAGCCCCCCUCGUCGUGGUUUGACCCCUCGGUUCUGUUCAUCUACCUCGUCCUCGGCGCCGCCCUCUUUGGCGGUGCGUACGCCGCCUUCAACAUGUACUUUGCCGCGCCCCAGAAGAAGGGCCGUCGCUCUGCCGCCAAGGCCGCUGCCCCCGUCGAGGCUGCCGACGUCGCCGACUCGGGCAAGGCCUACCAGGAGGACUGGAUCCCCGUCCAGCACCUCGGCAAGAAGAAGGGCGGUCGCCGUACCGACGGCGCGUCGUCGGCUGGCGAGGGCUUCACCUCGGGCGGUGAGGGCGCUACCUCGGGCGGCGAGGUGAGCGGCGCCGAGGGCAAGACCCGCAGGAGGAAGUCGAAGAAGUAA